AUAAACGGAGCCCUAAAAUAAAAACCCGUUAUCUCUUCCUCAUUGGCUAAACAAAAUUACUCUUAUCCUCUGCACUCCCUACUGAAAACCCUCAAAAUCGAACUGAAAAUGCCGGGUCCUGUCGUGGAAGAAAUAAAAGCCGAAGAAAAGUUUCAGGAUGAGCCAGUGAUAGAGGACGUGAAAGAGGAUGAGGACCAUGAAGAUGAUGCUGAAGAUUCCGAUGAGGAAGACGAUGACAAGGAAGAUGGUAGCCCAGUGAAUACAGGAGCGAGUGAAAGUUCUAAGCAGAGCAGAAGCGAGAAGAAGAGCCGCAAGGCCAUGUUGAAACUCGGAAUGAAACCUGUUCUGGGUGUUAGUCGUGUUACCAUUAAGAGAACAAAAAAUGUAUUAUUUUUCAUCUCAAAGCCUGAUGUUUUCAAGAGCCCAAAUUCCGAUACCUAUGUCAUUUUCGGAGAAGCUAAGAUUGAGGAUUUGAGCUCUCAGCUUCAGACACAGGCCGCUCAGCAAUUCAAGAUGCCUGAUAUGGGUUCUGUAAUGGCUAAACCUGAUGCAUCGGCCUCAGCUACGGCAGAACAGGUGGAUGAGGAAGAAGAGGAGGUUGAUGAAACUGGUGUCGAGCCUAGGGACAUUGAUUUGGUCAUGACACAAGCAGGGGUGUCCAAGGGCAAGGCUGUCAAGGCUCUCAAGGCACACAAUGGAGACAUAGUCAGUGCCAUCAUGGAGUUGACUACCUAAAUAGGAUUAUUAGCCUACCUUUUUAGCCCACCUCUUGGGAUAUUUUUUGUAAUUGAUCGUAGAAUUUUGCUUCAUUAUGGUCUUUCACCAAACCUUAUUGAGAAAUGGAAUUUGCCGUUUUGUGUUGUUGAAAA